AUGGAGAAUCUGACUUGGGUUGUCGUAGGCAAUGGCAAUGGCAAUGGCAAUGAUACAAAUGGCGAUUAUGAUGGGUAUACGAUAUGAUAUGGGAUACACCGGCGAUUUGGAUGCAUCUCUCUCUUUCUGGGUCUUUGGGGAUGAUAUCAUGAUGGGGUUCUUUUGGUAUUGCAGGUUGUUUGUUAUGCGACUGGUUCGCGGCGUGGUGGGUGCUUGGAUAUUAACGCAAUACCUCAUACCAUCAGCCCUCAUUCCUUUUAAUAAGGUACUGUGUGAUGAGGUAUGGACUUGCUUUUCUAUCUUAUGUAUGCCCCUUUCACCCCUUUGUUCCUUCCUGCUGGCGCUGCCGUCAUAUGUGGCUCGCACCCAGUUUGCCAGAUCCCCUCGGUUCCUGCCCAGGUGCAGCUCAUCCGGCGCCGAUACGUCAUCAUCUCUUUCACUUCCACAGCAUCCGCUCCGUACAUCUUCUCUCCUGCUGCGCGUUCCAGCCUUUGCCUUUGGAAAACAUCAUACCGCCUCCGAGGAAACUUCACACAGAAACAACCUACGAGCUGCUGAAACGUGUAGUUCGACCCAAAGUGCAAGGAUAUUGGACCGACGCCCAAGAGUAAUUGAAUCCGUCUAUUGAAACAACCGCCAACAUGUGAGUAUCCGUCAGCAACGGAACAGCACAUACUUCGCCUUCCUAACCAACAAACCGCCCUGCAGGAACAUCGGACGCUCCCACUCCGUCCGCUCCAACAAAUCCGACGCCAAAUCCUCCGGCGGUGCCAGACAUCGCUUCGCCCUCUCCUCCCUGCGCGGCAUCCACCAGCCGGAGCUCUCCAAGAAGCUGCGCAACUUGAUCAAGACCGAAAACCAUGCCAUCGGCGCCUACGAGCAGGCCGGCCGCGAGAGCCAGAGCAUUGCGUCCCAGCUGAGCGAGUGGGGAGAGAGCACCGAGGAUGAUGCGGUCAGCGAUAUCAGUGACAAGCUGGGCGUCUUGCUCGCCGAGGUUGCAGAGCAGGAGGAUAUGUUUGCGCAGAACUUGGAGGACAGUAGGGGUGUUCUGAAGCAGAUCAGGAAUACGGAGGCUAGUGUUGCGCCGACGAGGACUCACAAGCAAAAGGUGAGUUUUCCUUUCCCUUUCUGUCCUUGUCCGCUGGAAUAGAGCUAAGGAGAGGAUGUCUUUCGUGUCCAGAUCCAAGACGAAAUCCAGAAGCUCAAGUACAAGGAACCCGAAUCCACCAAGCUCGUGACUCUCGAGCAGGAAUUGGUCCGCGCAGAAGCACAGUCCCUCGUCGCCGAAGCGCAGCUCCAAAACAUUACUCGUCAGAAAUUCAAAGAGGCCUAUGAUCUGCACACCGCGGCCAUUAUCGAACGGGCCGAGAAACAGAUUCUCCUCGCGCAACAGGCUCGUCAGCUGAUCAACUUGCUCGACGACACCCCAAUGGUGCCCGGUGAAGAGAGACCGCCUUACGCGCAUGCAGAAGCCGGAAAGUAUAUGCUCAACGAUGCCGAGGCGAGCUUGAGGGGAUGGACGAGUACCGUGGAGCCGAUUCACACUUCUUCUGCUCAGCUUGGGACGAACGCCAUGGCUUCCGGCCAGGAAUUGCCCAGUCACACUACUGCUGAUGCUGAGCAGCGUCGUGUUGAGGCUAUGGAACGGGCGCAGGAGGAGGAAGAGAAGAGUGAGCCACCACACCCGACCAUGCACACGACUGAGGCUACCUUGGCUUCUUAG